CUACUUCAGAUACUAGACACGCCCACGUUGUAGGAUGGUCGCAAUGCAUCCUACGGGCAUGCUACUGACCCAAAAUGCACCGCGGGCUUCUUCUUCGUCCUCUUAAAAGUUGUAGAAGCGCAUGUGAUGCUCAUAGACAUAAUAAAGGAUAGACCCCGCUGGGGGUGCUGCGCGGCGAGAAAUGCGGCCGCCAUCUUGGUCAGGUCAAGCUUCCCAUACGCUCCGGUCAAUCAUAUUCAUUCAUCAGUCAUUCAGCGAUGCCGGAGCACUGUGCGGCGUAUUCCUGUGCCACCAGGCGGACAGCAGAGAGCAGGGCUAGAGGAAUAACUUUUCACAGGUAGGAUUAAACAUUUUUUUCAACAUUACACUUGACUGUAGAGUCAUUUGUAGGCCAAAGAGGAAGACUAUCGGUCAACUUCAAAAACGAAACAGCAUUUGCUAACAGUUAGCUUAUUCACCAUAAUAGCAACUUUGCUCCAUUAUCAACAGAUUUGCAUUAGAUUGAAAAACUUUUGUUUGAGAGAGGUUCUAAGAAACGUUAAGAAAUAAAAGAGAAAGAAGAAGGAAGAAAGUGAGCUCUGUUAUCUGUUUUAUUAAAGAUUUCUUUGUGGUGAUCUCCUGUUUCAUUUUGAAGAUUUCCUAAGGACAAAAAUUUGAGGAAGAAGUGGGAGAUUGCUGUAAGGAGGGAGAAAUUCACAGCAAGGGAUUCCUCUGUGCUCUGCAGCCAACAUUUUAAGGAGGCAGACUUUGACAGGACGGGACAGGUUGUCCGCAUCCGAGAUGGCGUUAUUCCGUCCGUCUUCAAGUUUCCAGGUCACCUCCAAAGAGUAGGUGCAUCACAAUAAAGUUGUUUUAUUCUAUUGAUUACAUGGCAUGAAUUACUUAUUGUGAUUCCCUCUCUAUCUAUCUAUCUAUCUAUCUAUCUAUCUAUCUAUCUAUCUAUCUAUCUAUCUAUCUAUCUACCUACCUACCUACCUACCUACCUACCUACCUACCUAUGUCUUUCUGUCUUGUCUUUAUUUUUAUUUUUUUAUUUCAUUUCAGGCAUGUUGGGUGGUUUAUAAAACACCCAGGGUAUCAGACAAUUUUAUUUCAUUAUCUAGUUUGUUCCAAAGCCUCACCCCGUUGAAAGAGAUAGUGAAGGACUUAAUGGUGGUUCUUGCCACUUUUCCUCUUCAUUUUAGCCAGAAAAAAGCAGGAACACAUCUGCCUCCAGAAAAUCUGAGGCAAGCCUGUCUGAGACUCCUCAGGAUAACUCAGUGGCCUCAACCUCACAUUCUGAAUCUCAGCCUGAAGAUGUGAGUAUUUCAAUUUUACCCAUAAGCAUGUCAUGAUGGUUUUAGAGACUGGUAGCGGAUUUGACAACUGAUGACUUUUAGAAAUAAUGCGAGCCCAUCUGUGUGAUACAGCUAGUAAAACAUAACUCAAACAAUGCUCAUCUCUCCUUUUCCUAGGAUCACAGCUAUGUAAUGCCUUCCUCCCCAACCGCUUUAAAGGCCAGACUCACCGGAGCUUUGGAAAGAGUCGAUAAAUUGGAGCGAGAAAAAAAGAAUGCCAAGGCACGUGAAAAGAGGGCGAAGACAACCGUGAAGAGUCUUCUAUCACAAUUAUGUGAAAAGAAUCUCAUUAAUGAAGAGCUCAAGGACAGACUUGAGCAAAUUGUUAUGUAGUUUAGGUGCUGUCCUGUCAUGCUGUUCUUGUGUUUAAAUUUUUUUGAUAUGUAGGCUAUAUAUUUGUGUGUA